AUGGGUUUGCAAGAAGAUAUGAACAGUCGCAGUAGGGUUUCUAGCCCUCCGCCACCGGGGCUCUCCACCUCCACGGUUGAUGCAUCAUCAUCUCAUGCACUGCAGAGUGUCCAACAUGCAUUUUCGCCCGACCACUUGAACCCUAGUACGCUGUCUUAUUUCUACGGCGCAGACCAUCUGCAAACCGGUCUUGCUCCAGGAAGAGCGCAUCCAAUGGCAGUUCUACGCAAUCGGGUUGCGGGUUUCCCUGCGUUGGCGCCUGCUCUCGCUUGUGCUUCGCCGGUGACAGAGACAGCCAUCGCAGCCUCGCAGCCAUCUGCUGUGCAAUUACAGCAGAAAACCACUGCACAGUCGUUAAUCAAUCUUGCGCCGAACCUGAGCAACAAGCCCAAUGACAACCAGGCCGCUCUAGAUGUGCGAGCGCAACAACCCCUCCCGCUUGCUCCGUUGGCAGCCAAGCAGCAGACUCCCGUGGACUCGCCUUUGCAAAAACCAGCCAUCGCAAACCGUAAACGGAGAAACAGGCGAAAGCGUGCUCAUGACAGCGAUGAUGAGAUCAAAGCUAACGACUCAAGCUCAGAUGAUGUGUCGGAUGACAUGUUGCCGGUAGCCAGGCAGACCAAGUCUGGACGCCAGGUCAAUCGGCCGACCUUCUUUGCUCUCUCCCCCGAGCCUAAACAGAGUCCACGGCAAAGACCAUCUCCUUCAGGCAGCACUACUACACCUGCCCCUUCGGGGGCUCCCGUGAAAAGACGCAGAAAAGUGUAUCGCAAGAACGGCAAGGACAUCAAUAUCACUUGCAGUCGCUGUCAGAGAGGUCACAGUCCUGCUACCAAUUCGAUCGUAUUUUGCGACGAGUGCAAUGGUGCCUGGCAUCAGUUCUGCCAUGAUCCUCCCAUUGACAAGCAACUGAUUGAUGUUAAGGAGGCAGAGUGGUUUUGCAAUGAAUGCCGACCUGGCCAGCGAGUCACAUUAUUGAAGCUAAGACUGCCGCCAAAGAAAAAGUCUGUCUCGACAGAAUCAGCUCUGGGUUCUCUUGUUUGUGGCUCACGAUUUACGACCGAAGAACAACGCGGAUAUUUGUCCUCGCUUUCUCACGCUUCCCUAGUUGACAUGCUAGUCACGCUCUCAAAGAAGAAUCCCACGCUCCCGAUUUUCCCAGAGAAUAUGAGAGAUUUAAGGCAAUCGAAGUUCGUUCUCACGCCAUCAUCAUCAAGUACAACGAGCAUAUUGCACCAAACCCUCCAGUCGGCUUCAUCUGGUAUAUCGAACACUGGAGUUCAAAUGACCGAAGCACAGUCGAAGGGCACCGAGGAAGACUCUGACGAUUCCGGCUCUGAAUACGAAGUAGAGGAGCACCGUCUGUAUCCGCGGCCCGGAAACGGAUUCUGCCUACCUCCAGAUGAAGAGGACCUCGAUAUGUUAUUAGAUGAUCCUGCUUGUUCCACGUUUAGCUACGCACUACAUGGCUAUCCCCAGGGGAAUGCGCUUGCCGACAAUGCGCUCACUAUCAAACUUGCGGGCUGA